GAAGCCAUUCCCCAUCGGAGACAAGGUCACGUUCAGCGGGAAGGACUGCGUCUGCCAAAACUGCUCCCACUCUCUCAUCAGCACCAAACCCAUCAAGAUCCAUGGGCCCAGCCACUGCGCAGGCUGCAAGGAGGAGAUCAAGCAAGGCCAGUCCCUCCUGGCCCUGGAGAAGCAGUGGCACGUCAGCUGCUUCAAGUGCCAAACGUGUGGGAUCAUCCUCACCGGCGAGUACAUCAGCAAGGAUGGCAUCCCGUACUGCGAGUCUGACUACCAUGCCCAGUUUGGCAUCAAGUGCGAGACCUGUGACCGGUACAUCAGCGGCAGGGUCCUGGAGGCAGGAGGGAAGCACUACCACCCCACCUGUGCCAGAUGUGUUCGCUGCCACCAGAUGUUCACGGAAGGAGAGGAGAUGUACCUCACAGGCUCCGAAGUGUGGCACCCCAUCUGCAAGCAGGCGGCCAGAGCAGAGAAGAAGCUAAAGCACAGAAGGACGUCAGAAACCUCCAUUUCACCACCCGGUUCCAGCAUCGGCUCCCCGAACCGUGUCAUCUGCGCUAAAGUGGAUAAUGAGAUCCUUAAUUACAAAGACCUGGCAGCUCUUCCCAAGAUUAAAGCCAUCUAUGAAGUGCAGCGUCCUGACCUCAUUUCCUACGAGCCCUAUCACAGAUACACGUCGGAUGAGACACUGGAGAGAUAUAGCUAUGGGGAGUCCUUGGGGACCCUCUCCCCGUACUCGCAGGACAUCUACGAGAGCUUUGACACUCGGCAGAGGCGAGCCUCCAGCCCUGGCUACAUCGACUCCCCCACCUACAGCCGCCAGGGCAUGUCCCCCACCAUCCCGAGGUCCCCCCACCAUUUCUACCGCUCAGGCAGCGAGAGUGGGCGCAGUUCCCCCUACUAUAGCCAGUUAGAUGUGAGGUCCUCCACUCCAACCUCAUACCAAGCGCCCAAGCAUUUCCACAUCCCAGGGCCCGCUGCUCCCUCCCCCCAGAGUCUUCUGGGCUUGCCAGAUGCCCGUUCCCCUUCUGCAGGGAUUGCAGGGGGCCACCAGGUAGAUGGCAGGUGGUUCUUCCAGGUGCUGGCACCCCCAGGAAACCGCACUAGC